GGCCGACAGAUUUUCUAGGUUCAACGAAGAUCGUGAUUUCCAGGGUGGGAAUCACUUUGACCAGUAUGAAGAAGGCCAGUUGGAGCUGGAGCAGGCGUCCCUGGACAAGCCUAUCGAAUCGGUAAGGUUGCAUCCAUCGUCCCUCACCACUGGACCAGCUGUGAGAGUGGAUAUGAUUGGUCCAGGGAGGAAUAAGAACCACACCUUUACUCCAUGCUGUGUAGAUGCAUCUAGUGUUUUCUUGAACACACUUGGCACCUAACCUGUAGAAUCACUCGUCCAUUAAUACCCUUUAAUUCACUCCCACUUCUCAUGACCCCGACCUACUUCAUUUCUUCUGUGACAUAUAAAAAAACGAUUUAUAUUCUAGAUCUUUCUGUUAGAUGUGCAGCCCACAUAUAACCAUUAGUUUUUUUUCUUUGUAACAGUCUCACAUUAGUCAUUGUUAGUCAUCUUAGCAGAGAUAAAUUUGAGAUGGACCUAUAAGCAUGAAGUGGAUGAAGCACUGUUAUCAUAUUGGCUGUUAUCUCAACAUUGUAGCUGCUCAACAAUAUAAAACAAAGUAAUUUGGGGGGGGGGAAAACAUAUUUGAAUAUUUCACAGCGCUUUUAUUUGGAAAUUCUGCUAUCAGAAAUGAAGCCACAUUAGAUUUCAGUUUAAGAAAAGUUGUAUAUUUAAUAUUUUUUGCAUUAAGUAGAAAUGAUUAUUUAGCAAAACAAGGCAGUGCUUAUUCCAUGUUCUUUUUUUAAUAGAGGGUGCACAUUAGAUGGUGUGAAUGGGUACAUUUGUGUUUGACUGAGUGUUUGUUUAUGUAGUUUUUAGAAUGUACGUGUUGGUGUAUAGCAUUUGUAUUUAUAGGACAGUUAUCUUAUUGUACACAACUUGGGGUGUUCGACAUUUCUCUCCUGCAGCGAAUUGGCCCCCUAUUAGCUAAGCAGCAAUGACCCGGUUUGUAUUUGCACGCUCUGCUUCCUUACUCCUUAUCUUUAGGGUCCUUUGUAACGCUUCUUUAUCUUUCUUUCUCUACUUUUCUCUUUCUGUUUCACGACUGUCGCACCUGACAUCUUAUUCUCUCUCUCCAUCUCCCUCUCUCUCUCUCUCUCUCUCUCUCUCUCUCUUUCUUGCUCCCUCCCUUCUACACAGUGAUUCGGUGUACAGUACCCUCUGUCAUUCUGUGCUGGCAUGGUGCUUGUGCAACUCGGACUGCAUUUUACGCUGAAGAGGCAUAUUGAUAAUAGCGCAGGCAGCUCUCUUUUUCUGUCUUCCUCACUUUCUCCACCCUUCUUUCUGUCUUAAGCAUUUUGGUGAGCAGGCCAAACUCAGAAGUCCUCAAAAGUACCAGGAAACUUUUUCUCAAGAUUAUUAAUGCACUUUGUGAACCAGUCAGAUAGGGUCAGCAAUCCUGGAUCUCAAGCUUACAUUUUUUUGAUAAUACUGAUAAUACUGUUAUUGUUGAAGACAAAUUAAAAAGUUAACUUUGAAUAGCUAAAUAAAGCUAGCCAAGGUGAGCAGGUAUUUCUGCAAACUUUUAUCUUGAAUUUGUAUUUAAUAAUCAGUAGGAACUGUAGUACAAAUAUGAAACUCUACUUCCAUUUCAUUUACACAUUAUCUUGUAUCUGUUUUUAGUUUAACACGUUUGUCAUAACUUUGAGUGUCAGAAUGAAACACUCUCCCAACCAAACAAAACCAGUAUUUUGUCCAUGUGGGUGGUGGAGAAGUAAGAGGACAAGUAAGAGAGAGUGGUGGCCUGCUCACCUGGCUUUACCUAGCUGUUUUGCUCCUGCGCUAUUAUUUGUGGAGGGGGGCUGAGGAGCAUGCUGCAGCACCACACAGCUCCUCACACAUCUGUGGAAAAAACAGAAGCUGAGAAGUGUCACCUUAUCACCACUAUCAGGUUUCCUGUUAUAAUUUUUUGGUGCUCUAAAACAAGACACUCUUUAGUAUCAGAUGUAAAAUGGAUUCUAAAAAAAUCUGAGAUGCUUUAAUUGGUAUAGUAAAUGAUAAAUAUAACUUUUUUUUUUUUAAGUUAGCUUAAAAAAUAGAGAGCAAUGGAAAUGCUUAGCUUUUUACUUUUAAGCUCUUAGCCCACUAAUGCAGAACUUUAGAGCUGUUCAUAAGUGCUUCAACCCAGCUUUUCAGAACCCCUCCUUUGCCAUUAUUUGUGUGUGAAUUAUAGGCAGCUAGAGAUCUGUGGUAUUUUAUUGGGAUCUUUUUUAAUUCUUGUCUUACCCCUUUUGGUCUUUGCUAUUUUUCUCCUAACACUGUUUUGCAUUGCAUGUGUUAACUUGGUAGCAUUAAGCACUAUGUGCUCUCAACACUCUGUGUUGUUGUUGUUGUUGUUGUUUUUUUGUUUUUUUUUAACUCGGACUCAUUCCUUAUUGUCUCUUAUCUCCCCCAGUCCCUUAAAUCUAUCAUCCACCUUCCUCCCUCCUAUUUGACCCGGUACCACAGCGAUAUGCAGUGGGCAGCCUCAGAGCCACAGAACAUGAACACUCACAGGAAGGAAACAUCUGUGAAUCCCAUAGAGAAACUAAAUUCAAGUCAAGAAGUUACUGUACAUGUUUUAAAUGCGUAAUGUAGUUACUGUGGCUCGAUAUGCUAUUUAAACCAUAGUUGUAUGAGUCAUUUUAAGUUUGUAGAGCUUAAUAUUGUUGAAAGUAUUGAACCAAAUACUUUCUCUUUUUUAAAAAGACUUAUCUUCUUAAAUAUAAAACCACACACAGGAAAAGGCAUCAUUUUAAUAUUCAGUCAUUAAUUUUAGCACUACUUGAUUCACUUUUUGCGCAGGCUUUAAUGAUGAGAACAGAAGUUAUGAUUGUUGAAUGGUGUUGACUAAAAACCCAAUUCUAACCUCAAAUGCUUAAAUGUUAAAUAAAAUAAGUGAGGGGAAAAUUAAGAAAUGAACAAAACAGAUGAUCUAUCACAGUAUUUGCGAUAGUCUGAAGUAUGUCCCAUCUUUGAAAUUGGGGCUUCAGAAUUAUAAGGUAAGUAUGUUUUUGAAUUGUUAUAUGUAAAUUAGUUAUUUUAAUAAGACAUUUCUGUUUUGUUUUUUGGGUUUUUUUUUAAAAUUUUCUCAACAUAUUUGAUAGUAGAAUCUUAAACUUUAUUUUUCUUGGUAAAAUAGAAGGCACCCAGGCCUUCUGUUUCACUCGCUUAGCUUAUUACUCCAAAGCAGUUGUUUUUGCUUUGUCUCACCUGUCACAUCUGACACUGACCAGUAUGUUUAGAUGUCUGAACUAAAGAGACUGCAAGGAGUUAAGAGGAGCAGAGCCUGCUCUUUUUUCUGGGCCUUUAGGAAAUGACAAAUGUGUGAUCUGUUUCUAAAGUAAAACAUUUAUAUAUAUUUAGGCAUGAAUACAUGUAACCAGGAUUCUUGAUCCUGAAGGUGGAUGAUUGCACAUAUUUUCCCAUUAAAAGACAGCAACCACUAAAUAACUACAUUCUCUGAGGUCUCUAGGUGGGGUCCCCUGCAUAUCACUUCCCUUAUCCAUAUCUUUUGCCAUGCACUGUGCCAAUGACAGCACAUUGCACACUUUUAUUAAAAAAAAAAAAAAAAAACCCUUGUAGAUUUUUUUUUUGUUUUAACCUUUUGUUUAUUUUUUCCUUUUCUCCUGUUUUAACAGUCAGUUGGUGGAUUUAUUGAAAUGUCUGCCUUUUCUGUUUGUAUACAGUAUAAUGUUUGUUUCAAGGCAGAGAGAGAUUUGUAUUUUUAAGACCUAGAGAAGCUAGCAGAAUUGCAGUUGAAAGCGUUUGGUCGGUUUCUUACGUUGUGUCACGUGUGACUGUUUUUUUGACAGCCCAGUAUUUUAAAGCCAGGUUCGUAUGGAAAUGCCUUCACUCCACUUGCACUGCUGUUGGACUCGCCGUCGUUGCUUUCAUCCGUCUGUCUAUUCUUUUGGUGCACUCAUCUGCUGUCCCAACACCCAGCGUACACGUCAUCUCUGGCCACCAACCUCCAUAGAGUUCAUUUUGACCUAAUCUGUUUACAGUCAAUAGAUGCACACUGUUGCUGCCUCCAGCCUGCUCUACCUGGUUUGUUACUACAUUCUCCAAAAAUGAUUUGAAAUAUUGCUUAAGAUUUAAUAUUUCAGAUUAUUUAGCUGGACUGUUUUUGUCUGGUAUUUCCCAGUUCAUAGUUCUGAGUGAAUUUUAUUUAUUUUUUCCCUUCAAGCAGCAUAUGAACCUCUGCAAAUGAUUAAAUAUUGGCAUACAUAAUGUUUCUGCACCUCGACACUGUAGCAAAUAAUUAGGAGACAGAGCGAAUGACGGGAAUAAUAUUUCCCAGAAACCUCACUUAGCUUUUCAAUACCGGGAAAGAAUAGAAAACUGCUAAACUUUAACAAGUCAUGCCUAGUUAGAUGUGUUGUUUCCUCUCUGCCAUGUGAUGUCCAGCACUAAUUACUUUUUUAUCGCUUCCUGUGGAGGAAAAGAUCUAAAUCAAACAAAGUACACAGGGUUUGGAAAAGCAUGAAUUGGAGGACAAAAUAACAGGACAACAGGAAGUGAGACUCUCAUUUCUUUAGAUAGCAGGAGGCACAAAUCAGUCACAUGGAUUUGUUUAUUCUAGUCGUCAUGAUAUGGCAUUUUAUAAUCUAAUAGUACAGCUAACUUUAGUUUUCUCCAUGAAAUACAUUAAGGAGAGCAAAACCUGGUGACAAUAUGUGAUUUAAAACAAAGGAUUAAGUUGAAUUUCCUCCACUUGCACCAUUGUGGACAGAGAUGCGAUGUGUGCCGUGUGUUUGAGGCCACCACUCCCUUCACAUGCUCUAACCUCUUACAAACCCAGCUCACUUCCAUCACCCGAAAACCCACCUUCAUCAUGGCUCAGCCUGCACUGUUCUGCCAAUUUUCCUGACCUCUUGUCAAAGAGACCUAAUCAAGCAUUGUUGAGCCAUCCUCCCUCACUGUGCCUGAUCCAUCCGAUACUAACUCAGCUGGAGUUUUGUUCACCUGUCCUUUACUCCCCUUCCCCAACCACCCGACUGUAUGUGUACCACUCACAGUGCGCUUACUAACACCGACGACCCUUUUUGUUAAAACAAUUUAACAAAAAGCUGCAUGCUUUUUUUUUGUUUUAGUUUUAUUCCUUCCCCUCACUUUCUGUUUGUGAAAGUCGACGUCAGUCUCUUUGUGAUUAUAAAUAUCCUUUGUUUGGUUUGUAUGUUUUUUUUUUUGUUUGUUUUUUUUUGGAUAGAAUGCAGCACUCUGGUGAAUGUUAGACAAGCUUGGAAUAGUUAUAAUCACAACAGAAAACACUGCUUAUAAAGAAAUGUCACUGUUUCUUGUUUAUAUGUGCUUGAGGAUGUACUAUAGUGUGUAGUGGUGGGAUGGUCUUGCAUUUCACUUUAAUGUUUUUGUUACCUCGCUUACCAAUACUAGUGAAAUAACAUGACUUGCUCAAUGGCCCCACAGUGUACUAAAAAAUGCUCUUGUGCAUGUUUUUGAAUGUCUCUCAAACUCCUUUUGCUCAUUAUCAGUUGUCAGAUCCAACCAAGAUUGUUGAUUAUAGGAAUCUUGAGCAGAAAUGUGAAAAUGUGUAUAGGUUACAGCAGAUUUCCAAAUUGUUGCUCAUUGUUGGUGUGAAAAUGGUUGGAAUCUGACAAUUCAUGAUGUAAAUGCAGGAAGCGUCCAAAAACGUGCUCAACAGUCAUUUUGGUAUAUCUAAUGGGUUUCGAAGUACACUGUCGUCCUUUUCAUCUGCACACCCACUGAGCCCUUCACACAUGCAUAAUCAGUCCACUCUGGGCCUUGUAAUGGUAAUCCAAGGCCCAAAAGCUCCACUUCUGUCUGUUUCUUUUGCUCUAUUUUUGUGACAGCUGAAUGUCUCAUGGUGCUCCCCUUGUCAUGGUUACGGAAUCACAGCAAGCUUGGAGUUUCUGGUCUUCAUUUUGUUAUUGCUAGAUUUCCAUACCUGUUCCGUGUCGCUUUUCUUUGUGUACGAAGAUCCUGCGCUGUAGUGUGUCAUAUAUGUAUGCGUGCGAUACAUAUAUUGCCCUCUCCUUCCUCCUCCUCCUUCUAACUUCUUACAUAGUGGAUGUUAUUUGAUGUGUUUAUCUUGAUAAUAAAUGAUAGUUGUUUUUCUUUUUGCCUGAAAAACGUCUUUUUGUUUUUUCAAAAUACACUCAUGAUGUAGGAGUAAACCCUGUAGGUUGCAGACCACACAGAGACUCAUGCAUUUACUUAACAUAGAGGCAAUCUUACCCUUCAACUCAAGUCUCCCAGCCUUUUUAUCCCUCUCCCCAACUGCCCUAACACUCCUUAUGCUGGAGGACACUGAUUGUUACACGCUGUAGGUGAUGACAAUAAUGAUAAUGGUGAUGGUGGUGGUGGUUGUGCUUAUGAUGAUAGUGUGAUUUGAGUGUUUUGUUUGUCUUGAUGUUUUCAUCCAUGCCCACAGGGUAUAGCUCCUCUUAUUAUUGGAAUAUUUUUGGUUUUUUUCUCCUCUCUUCUCUCUGCCAGGAUAACAUCGGGCACCGGCUGCUUCAGAAACAUGGAUGGAAGUUGGGGCAAGGACUUGGCAAGGCCAUGCAGGGUAAGGUUUGUUGGAUCCCUUCUCUAUGUCAGUAUGCAUGUGUGGGUGUGUUUUCUUUCUCCCACUCUGCAGUUGACCUAAGUGUAACACUCCUUUUACAGUGUAUCAUAGGCUAAUGGCCUCGGUCAGCUUCUUCCUCUUUGCUUCAUAAUCACUAAACCUUUAUUUCAAUCUGCUUAAGAGAAAAUGCUUCGAUUUGUUCCAACAAUCAAGAUCCAUGUGAAAUCAAGGUAGAUUUAGGAACCCAUGAUUCAUGAUUCACAUCCCCUAGAAUCAUCAUCUCCACAUAUUUUAGAUUUUUUUUCCCUCCCUCUUUGAGUUUCCGUGGCUGCUGUUGAAGUAAUCUGAUUGGCUGUAACCACGGCUCAGACUCUGAAUGGCUUGCAGUGUAGAAAAGUUUCCCCCCUCUGCUUGUUUACCUGUUUCUACCUCUAAAACAGUGAAAGUCGUGUUUGUAUGUGCGUGGUCAUUAUGUGGGACUGAGAUGUGUGUGUGUCUGCUACUUACCGGGCAAUAGAGUCGACUUACAGGGAAAACCUCUCCACCUUUUUACACUCCGAGUGUCUCUGUCCCCAUGGUACAGACUUCCAUCCUCCCCCCGUUUCUUUGCCCCUCCUGCACAGCAUGUUUGUCCAGAGGUGCGCUCCUGCUUGCCUCAAUCUCUUACUUACCAGAGGCUUUAAGCAGUGUUGGAGGUAGGAUGCAGAAUCACAAUGUUCAAUAAAUAAAAACAAUGUAAAACUAAAAAAAAACUGAUCCAUAGUUGUUGUUUAAAUCCUCCAUUACACCUAUGGCAUUGCAGAAAUGACUCUAAACACUGCUCAAAGCCUUGCUGGCUAUUCUUUCAGGUACGUUCCUAUGUUUCAUGUUUUUAUUUGUUGUGGGGUUAAACACAUCCCAGACUGAGCUUGCUGGCUCUAGACUAGCCAGGACGAAGGAUCUUGAGGAGAGGUCCUUUCUGGGCUGACAAGCAUAGGCAAGGCAAAAAGCUUAGAGGGGGAAAAUUGUGCUCUUCCCUAGAAGCAUUUGUCAUAUUUUAAAAGACAGCUUAGUUGAUUUAGGCACGGGUCAGUUGUUGUUAUUAAGGUCAAUGUUCUUAAAAGCAAGUUAUAAUUACUUUUCCUUUAUAGAGUUUUUGUUGUUUAAGGUCCUUAUUGUGGUAUACCAGAGAACGCCUCUGAAAAACUGAUCUACAUGGCCAAAAUAUCACAAAGACGAGCUGCAUCUGGUCAUUUAUAAAUUACAAGUGGAGACAGCAAUGUCCUGCAUCGCUGAGCUUUCAGGAAUGAAGCCAGUGCAACACGACAGGUGUGCUGAGACAUUGACAACAGCACCUGCCCAUAAAAUCUGUUGAAAAUCUCUCCAUACAGUACUUUUUAUAACAAUGAUGGUAGAGGAACAGGGUUUAUAAAUCUGACCCGAGGAGAUGCUUGGAAUUUAAGCUUUUAAAUUAAACUACCAGCUUGUCACACAAACUAUGUUUUAUCACUGAAUCAUUUCGUCAAGCUAAAAUAGCCAGCGGGGCUGUGGCUACCUCACAUGGCGAGUCAGGGUCAUAACAGAGAGGAGCAACUUCAACCCUUAGAGCUUUAAGAUUAAGCACCUGCAUAAUUAAUAUAAACAGUAUUUAUUCUUUACUAAUACUUCUGUAACACUUUUAUAUUAACUCUGUAGUUGUGUAUAGUAAACCUACUACAUCUGCAAGAGUUGGCUCACAACAGGCAGAUGUUUCCUUCAGAGACACUUAUUGUUCAAAAGGAGACCUGUUAUAGAAAACAUUGUUCAUGUUGUCAGAACUGGCACAUGCUUGAUUGAGACUAACCAGUGCUGUCUUCCAUCUCCCACAUUCUGCUGCACACUGCUGAGCAGCUGGCGUUUGCACUUUUCCCCCUUGCUUACAAGAAAGAAAAAUUAAGAUGUAUGAACAUAUUUUUAAUUGACUAAAGUCAGUUAUGAUGUGAAACUGUCCUGCUUAUGUUAAAUACUAAUUCUAAUAAAAAUAAACCUGACUGAGUGAUUUCACCUGAUAGUGCUUGGAAAUACACUUUUUUUUUCUACAACAGCAAGUUAGAAGCAGCAUCUCUGCUGAGAUGUCUGCAGACUGGCUACCUGAGCUGGUAGCCCAAUUUAUUAUGUAGUACAUGCUUGUUGUAAUCUAUUUCACUUAGGGAUGCGGCAAUAUAAAAAUUUGAGUCAGUAUCUAAUAUGAAUAUUGCUGUUAUGGCACCUGGUGUUGUCACUCUGACAUUGCUUCUCUGCUUCAGUAAAACACCCCGCAGUCUUGCCCUGCAUCGCUGUCACUGUCAUAUGAGCAAACAAAUACCACAUUGCCAAUUUAUUAUUAUUAUUUUUUUUUUCUGAUUUUUUUUUUAAACGGGUCAUAUUUGUUUUAUAUAUUUAAGUCAAUACAGUUUUGCAAUGGAACAAUUGUAUUUUUUCCCAAGCUUCUCAUCUUGUAAGGAUGUCCUGCUGGCCCGUGCCUAAAUGUAUUCGAUACUAUUUUAAGUUGGGGGAGAGUCAUCCAGUAAUCUCUUUAUAAAAGGGUAAAUAUGUCUUAAUAGGCAUACAUAGGAUACGUUGUUUGACGUACUGUCGCUGCUUUUUCCCUACAGGUUGUUGAUGAUCAGUAAUAUAGAACUUCCUAUAACCUGAAUCAUUUAUCAUCGAUUCUUGUUUGCCAUUUUAGUGUUUUUCUGUGUUUUAUGCUGCCUGGUUUUUGAUAUGCAAUACACCUCUCUAUGUAGGGAAAAAUUUAAUUCAAAAUGUCUUGGUACCAUUUUAUUUUAAAGGUAACUUGUUGAUCUGUAAAACGAAUAAAUGAAAGUUACUGGUCACAACAUUCAGUAGUGGAAAAGCUUAGGUUUAGGGGAUGGUAGUCUGGCUUCUUGGGUUACAUUUUCAGUCAAAAUGCACAACAACAUCACUUUAGGGGCCUGGGGACUUGGACAAGCGGUUUGAAUGAGUGGUGAGAGGAGAUUCCUGUAAGCACCUAGCCCUGAGUAAAAGGACAAGGUGGGUGGGGGUGGGCGGUGACUCACGGAAGGCCCUCUGGUAAUAAAUGCCCUGAAGCCCCAUUACCACACACCCAACCCCAUCUGCCCUUCUCUGUGUGCCUCAAUCUUCCUGCUUAACCAAUUGGUGUUUCUUUUUUACAGCGAUUUGAUCCUGCCCAUGUUGUGCUGAUGGUAAACUUAGUGGACGCACCGACCCUGUGCCCAUUGUUCUUAAAUAUGAUGUCAUGGGGAUGGGCCGAAUGGAGAUGGAGCUGGACUAUGCAGAGGAUGCCACAGAGAAGCGGAGAGUGCUUGAAGUGGAAAAAGAGGAUACAGAAGAGCUGCGGCAAAAAUACAAGGACCAGGUGGAAAAAGAGAAAGCUAUCGCAAAAGCUUUGGAAGACCUGAGGGCGAAUUUCUACUGCGAGCUUUGUGACAAGCAGUACACUAAACACCAGGAAUUUGACAACCACAUUAACUCGUACGACCAUGCCCACAAACAGAGGUUAAAAGAGCUGAAGCAGAGAGAGUUCGCUCGCAAUGUGUCCUCCCGCUCUCGGAAAGAUGGAAAGAAGCAAGAGAAGAUGCUGCGUCGACUGCAUGAGUUGGCUGAGCAGAGGAAACAGGACAAACAGAACCGUACUCCUGGAAGUGGCCCCAUGUUCAAAACAACCACAGUUGCUGUUGACGGUGAGAAAGAAGGAGAUGGGGAUGGCGUGCCACUUGAGAACCCCAUUUUUACAGAUUCCAUUAUUGAAGGUUCACCGUCAGAGAAAACUGGCCAAUCUUCCCCAAAGCCCAGCCCAACUAUAAAUUUUUCUCUGGGGAAGAACACAUCCACAUCCUCAUCUUCAUCUCCAACCCCUACUGGCGCAUCAAAAGUCAGUGUAUCAUUCUCUUUUGCAAAGAAAGCCCCAGUAAAGUUGGAGACUGCAGCUGCUGUGUUUGCUGAUCCUGGCGAGGAGGCUGUGGAGGAAGAGGAGAAUCAGGAAGGGGAAAAGGCUGGAGGACAAGAGGAGACAUCUGGCUGCAGCACAGAGAGUCCCAGAAGAGUACCUGAAGGAGAUGAAGGAGGGGAGAAAGGUGGUGCAGCUGGGGCAGAAGAUAUCCAGCAGCCUGAUGAUGGAGGCUCCUUGGCCUCGACUUUGAACAAACUUAAGAUGAUGAUGAAAAAGGAUGAAGGAUUUUGUGGACAAGAACCACAGUACUACCAUUACGUCCCACCAGCUCAUUGCCGUGUAAAGCCCAACUUCCAGUUUUUGUUGUUCAUGAAGGCUUCUGAGCAGUGCCAGAGCAAAGAUGAUGACGAUGAAGAUGAAGUAGAGGAAGUUCAGAAAUCUGAAGAAAGCUCUGAUCCAACAGAGUCCAAAGAAACUGAGUGUAAAACUGAACAAGAACAAGGUGAGGAUGUGUCAGCAACUGAACCAGAACCAUCUCCUUUGUCGCCUAAGGUGAAGACGGAGGACAAGAUCUCUUCUUGUGAGCAAGAGACGGUUUCAACUGCUCCCACUUCUCCUACUCAGAAAGCAGAGAACACACAGAGCACACUCGAUACAAACACUGGUCCAAAAGUCCCAAUGGGUCCCUUCUUCCCCGUCCUGAGUAAAGAUGAAAGUACCACUUUGCAGUGGCCUACGGAGCUUCUUGAAUUUACAAAAGCUCAGCCUUCACUAUCUUACAGCUGUAAUCCUCUCUACUUUGACUUUAAGCUUUCAAGAAAUAAAGGACUGCGUGGUGGGAAAUCAGCAAAGUCCCUCAAGCCUGGAGAAGAGGCUGAUGACAAAGGACAAGUUGUAGCUACUUCAACAGCUGAAGCCACUGAACCUGAAGCAUGCACUGAUAAAGAGACACCUGAGAUGAAGGAAAAUCCCAGCCAGCCAGAACCCGAUGAGCAAAAACCCACGACUGCCAGUAGUAGCACGAAAAAGAAAAAGAAGAAAAAGAAGCAUAAGAAAUCGGGAAAGCAUUCAAAACGCAAAGGAAAAGAAAAAGAAAAAGAUGCAGCUGGUGAUGCAGAAGAGAAUAUGGAGGCAACGCAAGAAAAGCCUAAAAAGAAGAAGAAACACAAACGGAAAAAGAGCAAAAACAAAGCUCAAGAUCAAGAAGAGGUGGCAGGUGAUGACAAAGAAAAAGUUAAGCCAAAGUCUGAAGAUAAAGCUGCUGGUUCCUCUGUUCAGUCCACAGCUGGAAGAACAACAGGAGCAGAGCCAGGUAAAAGGAAACGCGCUGCAAAAGAAGUGCCUUCUAAAUCUGGAGCAGAACAAGGAGGAAGUGGAAAAAAUAACGACAAGAGCAACUCCUCAGAAGAUCACGGUAGCUCUAAAAGACAAAAAACGGACUCGAGCGGAUCACAAAACGCAUCAUGUUCUACCUCUGCUCAGAAAAGUCCAGGUCACGGUAGACCACCCAGCAGCGAGAGCGAGGAGGAAGGUGGCUCCAACACCCAGCAUUCACGUCAUCACAGGUCCAGCCCACGGGAGCAGCGGCGCCACCACAGCGAAGAGUCCAGACGGUCCCACAGCCGCUCAUCAAGGCGGGGAGAACGACGCGGCAGCAGCCGGCGGCGGCAUCGUGGCCAAACCUCCCGCAGUCGCUCCUACUCCAGCAGUUCUGGGCGCUCCUCAGCAAGAAGUAGCGCCUACAGUCACCGCAGCCGCAGUUACUCCGACAGCUACAGUGACUACAGCACGGAAGGCCGCCGACGGAGGCGCUCUAAACGUUCAUCCGACUCAGAGUAUGAGCGGCGGGGCAGUCGAGGUCGCAGGCGAUCCAGAAGACAUCAAUACUCCUCUUCAUCCUCAGAUGAUUCCCGCUCUCGUUCUCGCAGCUACAGCAGGAGGAAGCGGCACCGGCGGCACCACCACAGCAGCUCGAGAAGCUCCAGCAGCUGGAGUCGCAGCACCAGCACAAGAUCCUGGAGGCGAAGCUAUAGCCGGAGCCGAAGCUCAGCGAGUCGCUCCUCCAGUUCCAACAAAGGCUCGCCUCACCGACGGAGCACCAGGGGUCGGGCAGACAGCGACACAAAUCGCAGAGACUUCAACCGCUCUCGGAUUUAUCGCUCGCAGUCUCCCCGCACGUCAUCGCGAAGCCUCAACCGGAGCCACACAUCCACUUCCCAGACUUUGAGGCCAGUCGGGUCUCGUGAUGCAGGGGAACACAAGAACAUGCUCACAGCGCGGCAGCUGCUCGAGAGGGUACAGUCCAAGAAAAGUUCAGAGGAUUCUGCCUCCGGAACGAAAUCUGGAAUUAAGAUUAAGGAUCCACCACAGGGUUACUUUGGUCCUAAAUUACCACCAGCCCUGGGAAGCAAAGCUAUGUUGCCCCUCUUUGGUAAGCUGCAAGCAGGGAAGAAACCGUUGAUUCCCCUAACGAGACCCGAUGAGGGAGAGAAAUCAGGAACGGGGAAGGGUUCUGAAGCGGAUGGAGAGGUUAUCCUAGUAGAACCUAUAAGGGAGUUCCCCCCUCCUCCACCACCUCCAGCGCCACCAGUGCAGAAGGUCGAGGAGGUGCAGCAGAACACAGCGACACAGGAAGAGACACAGCAGCAGUCAGCUACAGAAGAGCAAGUACACCAAGAACCACAGCCACUCUUUGAACAAGAUCCUUCCAUGAUUAUGCCCCAGUAUCAAGCAGAUCCAGGUCAAGACCCCUCCCAGAACCCCAUGAUGGAGUCCAUCAUGCCUGAAAUGCAGCAACAGCAGCCGGUGCAUGGUUACCCCGUUUACCACCCCUCCAGCCUGGAGGAAGAUGGCAUCGAAGCGGAGGAGGAUGGCCUGGCGCCAUUGGAGAGUCAGCCAAUCACGUUCACGCCAGAGGAGAUGGAGAAGUACAGCAAGCUGCAACAGGCGGCGCAGCAACACAUUCAGCAGCAGCUUCUGGCCAAGCAGGUCAAGGCUUUCCCCUCGGCUGCUGCUGCCGCCGCCGCCGCUGCUGCUGCAGCAGCUGCUAACUUAGCCCCGGCGCCCCCUCCACCAGCCCUGCAGCAGAUCCACAUUCAGCAGCCAACCGUCUCUGUCGCCUCCGGCACAUCCAUCACCACUGUCCAACACGCCAUCCUGCAGCACCACGCAGCCACCGCUGCUGCAAUGGGCAUCCACCCCGCACAUGCCCACCAUCCUCACCCUGCACAUGCUCAGCUAGCGCAGGUGCAUCACAUUCCCCAGCACCACCUUACUCCCAUCUCCCUGUCCCCGUUAGGCCCCUCUCUUGGUCAUUCUUUGGGACACUCUCUGGGACAUGCGGGGCUUAUUCCUGCCCACCCAACAGCCUUCCUGUCUGGUCAGCCUAUUCAUAUUAUCCCUGCUUCUGCACUUCAUCACACACCCUUGGCUCUCCACCAUGUCCCGCACACAGCCCUCUACCCAACACUAUUCGCACCUCGGCCGUCCCAGGCUGCUGCAGCAGCGGCUCUCCAGCUACACCCACUUCUGCACCCAAUAUUCUCAGGACAGGACCUCCAACACCCGCCUAACCACGGCUCUUGAGUGACGAUGGAUACAAAACAGGAUGUAAACACUUAGAACACUGACAGAGGUCUGCGACGAUCUUGAUUUAGGGAUGGGGAUGAAGUCUUUGCAUCAGUGUAUAGGAAGUCAGACACGUUGUAAAAUCACAGUUUUACAAUCAGACUAAAGUGGUCAUUACGUGUUGCAGCCUGUGUUGGUUAAAAAAGGUGACACUAGCAUUUUAAUAUUGGUUUGUUUGGAUUUUUAAUUUUUUUCUUUUUCACUCAUGUUUCCUGUUUUAAAGGCAGGUUCAUAGUUGUAAUGAGACAUUCUGUUGAGAUUGUCUUAUAAACCAAUUGGGUCUGCAUUCUCAACCUCACUAACCACUGGAGUUUUUUUUUUGUUUUUUUGUUUUUCUCAUUUAUGCGGUCAUAAUCUUUGCUAAGUUUGGCAUCCAAGGAGAUCCAUAAUGGUUGAGAUUAUAUAGAGGAUCAUGAUGAGACAGGACAUAGAUUUUGUUACAGAAACUAACAACUUCACCUCUGUUUUUGUGAUGGACUCAAUGAUGUGACACUUUUCCCCAUAUAACUACCUGCUCUUUAUUGAAUUCUUGGUCUCAAAAUAAUUUGUAUUGCUGUAGUUUGUACAUAUAUCAGUGUGUAAUGUGAAGAAGCCAGCUAUUGACUAUGAAAUAGCUAUGGUGUCUAAACUGGUAUGACGCUGUCACAAAAGAAGUCCUCUAAAUUUGCAGAAAUGUGGCAGAGGUUUAAACAUCUCUAAUACUCUGAGGCAAAACUCCUGUUUUCCCAUUGGAGGGUACGUGUGAAUGAAUUGCACUGAAAUCUGUACAUUGGGGUGGUGCUUGGGCAUCAUGUAACAAUAAGAUUGUAGUAUACUGCAAUAAUUGUAUUUUUAUUUUUAAAUUAUUUUCCAAAUGCUCUUCAGAAGAAGAGCUUUGUUUGGCUUUUUUCUGUAAUUUUGUAAAUAAAAAUGCUGUAGAUUAACCUAUUAACAUUCUGAAAAGGUUGACACUGCUGUUGGUAAAGCAGUUGAAUUACAAGUUAGUUACAACAUGGAUAUGUGUUUUAUCAAGGUUGGUUCUUAAAAUGCUCCCUCUGAGGAUGGCUGGGAUCCCAGACAAGUUAUCUGUCAAAAAACAAAAGUUGUGACUCUUGUAUUUUUAAAAACAUAACUGUUUCAACAAAUAAAACUUUGAGUCCA